AAGUUGAUUAAUUCUCCCGAUCUCGGCUGAGCCCACGCAGAGGAGAUCUCUCAAGGCCCGAUCGUCGUAAAGUGGAGCGUGUGCCAUGCUAACGCGUGAGAUGCCCUGCCUCGGAAUGUCACUCGGAGACGGCCUCGACUGAAUUGACGUCAGAAACACAUUUGGCAAAAGUGAUCGCCAGCGGACUACGGCCGCGAUGCCACGACGCCUGCAGCUGCUGUCAUCCUCCCGAGUCUCACUUUGAUGCCUGUCGUGAGCGCGACGCCUGAGGAGACUCCCAGCCCAGAUGAAGGAGACCGAGCCCGGCGCGGGGACCACGAGCGUCGCCGCGCACGAUGCCGACGUCGUCGGUCCAAGCAAGAAGCUCCCGAACGCCUGGGUGGUCUCCACUUGGAUCGCCGUCAGCUUCAUCGCCGUCCUGGUCGUGGCGCUGGCCAUGCUCGCGCUGUGCCUCUUCCGAGUGAACGCUCUCGAAGGGAAAGUCGUCGGCCUCGAGGAGCGGAUGUCCCAGCUGGAGGGCAGGGGACUUGAGGUGACCAAGGUCCUGUCGCCCACAUAUCUCGUGAGGCGGAGACGGCGGCGGCGAGACGUCGAGCCGAGCUGUUUGUGUCCGCCGGGACCCCCUGGACGUCGAGGGCGGCGUGGCCCCAAAGGUGACGUAGGAGAGCUGGGACCUCCGGGGCCGCCGGGACUCCCCGGGAAACCCGGCUUUCCGGGGGCCAUCGGAAUCGACGGCCCAAAGGGGGACACGGGCCCCAUGGGUCUCCCCGGCGUCGCGGGACCCAAGGGGGACAAGGGCGAGGGCGUCGCCAUCAGGUCGACCAAGGGCAUGAAGAGGUCCGUGACGCGGCUGCACGGCGGGACCUUGGGCUACACUGAGGUCAUUGCGAUGAAGGGGGCUCCCGGAGAGCCCGGUCCACCCGGUCCGCCGGGGCUGCCGGGCUUUGACGGUCGCACGGGCCCCGCUGGUGAAAUGGGGCUUCCGGGUCCGAAAGGGGACAAAGGCGACCACGGGUUUGUGGGGCUGCCGGGCGACCCCGGGAUACCCGGCACGCCUGGCUCCAAGGGCAGCCCGGGAACCAAUGGACGGAACGGCCUUCCCGGCGACAAUGGGCGGGCCGGAACUCCCGGACUCCCCGGUCUUCCCGGGGACAAGGGAAGCAAGGGAGAGCCGGGUCCAGUCGUCACGACGGACGGCGUCACUGUGCCCACAUCGUUCGUACAAGGACCGCCGGGUCCCCCGGGCCCGAAGGGAGACCCGGGAAUCAAGGGCCCUGUCGGACCCAAGGGAGAGAAGGGUGACAAAGGGGACAAGGGUGAUUCGGGAGAUCCGGGCCCUCCUGGCGAGACUGGUGGAAUGGGGCCACCCGGGAACGAUGGAUUAAUGGGCGAGAUGGGUCCAGAGGGACCGCCAGGACUUCCGGGGCCUCGUGGCCUCAAGGGAGAAAAGGGCAUCCAAGGGGAUUACGGCCCAGCCGGACUCAUGGGCCCUCCUGGGCUCUCCGGGCCACCCGGAAAGCAAGGUCCAAAGGGAGACAAGGGAUAUAAGGGGGAUUCCUCGGUUGCAAAAUAUGCGAGGCACACGCUGUUGGGGAGCAUGGAGGAACGAGAUUUUUCGGGAGGCAUGCCAGGACCCCCGGGGCUUCCGGGGGAGCCAGGGCUUCAGGGUCCGCCCGGCAUCAAAGGGGCCACGGGAAUGGAUGGGCAGAAAGGGGAGCCAGGGCAAAAGGGAGACACGGGGAAUUCGGGACCGCUGGGGCUACCGGGACCUGCGGGGUCCAAAGGGGAUCCUGGAAAGCCAGGGUAUGACGGCAGGCCAGGACUGGUUGGGGAAAGGGGAGACCCCGGACGUAAGGGAGACAAAGGGGAGCCCGGAAUGUCUGGUCUGGAUGGCUUGCCAGGACAUCAGGGGGAGCCAGGUGUGCCGGGCCUUAGGGGAAAGCCUGGGAAGAAGGGGGACAAGGGAGAUGCGGCAUCACUUGGUGCCGAAGGUCCCUGUCCCCCUGGUCUAGACGGCCUUCUUGUUAAAGGGUGCUCCGGUGACCGCAAGGCAGACCCACUUGUUGCUGCGCCAUCCCCAAGAGCAUCGCUAUUUGGUUAAGUGGGACUUUGUUCACUCGUGGGUCAGGGCAAGCAUUCCAGUCUCAGCUCCACUGCAUAGUAGCAGAAGCAAACCCCCUCUUGCAGUCCAACCACUUCAAUCAAAAGUGUACAGAUUGGAAGGAGCUAUUUUAUUGUGACCUCAUUCCACUCAUGGAACAUGGUCAGUUCUAUAUUUGUGUUGAAGAGCAGCCUUUAUCUCGAAAUAGAUUUUUCCUUCAAGGAGAAAACUUCUGCUCCAGACCUGGCAACUUGUGUUCAAAUUAGGAUUCUCCCAGGGUUCCUCUACAGAUUGUUACUGCACCGCACAACUGUUGGCACAAACACAAGGUCAAACAGCCAGGCAUGUAGCCAGGAUUUUGAUUCGGGGGGGCGGGGGGGGGGGGGGGGGCAGCGGCAGCGACAGCGACAGCCUAUGACAAAACGCCGUAUGAGGGGGAGGGGGGAGAGGAGGCCCCAGCAAGCAAAAUGGAAGAUUUCAGGGGGGGGUCUCUCCUUUCCCCUGGCUACAUGCCUGCAAACAGCACUGUUUCACUUUGAAAGGGUGGCUGAUCACUUUGAAAGGGUCUAGACGGGCACCAAAAUUUACCACUGAGGUUAGUGGUCUGUAUGAGCACUUCCUGCCACACUAGCAAUCCUGAUAUUGCAGCCCUUCAAUUUUAAGGAAAGAACAAAAAAAAAGUUGAUCAGUUGUUUAAGCUAAGUGAAAUGAUAUGUGUAUGGUAGGCAAGUAUAAUCUUUUUUUUUUAGAGUUUUCGGGAGUAAAUGAGUCCCAUUGUUCAAAGAAAUGUCUUUCUUUUCAAAUGACAUUUAAGUUGGAUCUAGAAUGGCUCCUAGAGCACGAGUGCCCUCAGACAUGUGUGUUCAGUUCUGUAAAGCAUCUGGCACCUUCAUGCCAAUCCUAGUUCACAUUUCUCUCAUGUUCACUUUGAAAUCACAAUCAUUUACAUGCUGCAGUCGGUGUAUGUUGGUUCGUCCUUUAUUCUACUUCCUCUCUGCUUGGGGUGCUGAAUUGUCAGACUUUGUCACUGAACUUACAGGCUGGAUUAACAUUUCACUCUAGUCUCAUACAUUUGCUUCAAUGCUCAAUGAAUCUCUCAAGCUCAUAAGUUCCUCUUGUCUAGAGUAUUAAGCGAAUGCUGCAGCACUUACUUAUCUCGCCGAAGCAUGGCAUGAAUCUCCAUGCAGCCCUUGCUACAGCCGAGGUUAGUUGUGCACCUUGAGCCAUCGAGCAUUGGUGUGGUGGUUCAUUUUAUUGCUUUCAUACACAUAGCUUCUGUGAUGCCGUCCUAGCAUUUCAAAGUAUGCACUAUUUCUGAACUGUUGAGUGCUCCUGGUUAAGUGCAGUGUCUUAAAAUUGUGUAAUACUCUUUGAUUUUCUAAGCUUUGUCACAUUAGACCACUAGUUGUUCUUUUGAGCCGCAAAUUUAGCUGGGUGCAGUUUUUUUCCAAUGCAGUAGCACAAAGCAGUUGACAAAGCAGCUGUGAGCAAUAGGGAAAUAGUACCUGUGCUGAAACUCUUGAUCUCAGAAACACUUUACUACCACUGCUACCUUGUGAAGGAAUUGUAUCUCCUGCAACAUUCCGCAUACUCAUGUUUGUACGCAGCAAUACUCGUCAAGAAUAUUUAUACUAUAGUGCCAAAUACUUGUGCUUUAUACACCUAUGGUCUUUAUAUUGUCCCAGUUUUGUUUAUUUUACUUUCGUGGCUACAGCUUUUGAGCCCUUUUAAAAUGUGCCUAGUAUACAUACUUUUCAGCAUGUUUUUUCGUGCUUUUAGGUGGCUUUCCUUUUCUUUUACAUUGUCAGAAGACAUGUUUUACUAUGUUUCUGGAGCCUGUGUAGAAAUAAAUAAAACCCACUAUAUAAAC